GCUCCCCCGCGGAGCGGCGCGGGGCGGUGACGUCACUGGCGAGCGCCGCGAUGGCGGCGCCGAAGGUGAAGCAGGACAUGGCCCCGCCGGGCGGGUACGGCCCCAUCGACUACAAGCGGCACCUCCCGCGCAGGGGCCUCUCAGGGUACAGCCUGUUCGCCAUCGGCGUCGGGAGCCUCCUGAUGGGCUAUUACACCCUCAUCAAGUGGAACCGCGAGCGCAGGCGGCUGCUGAUCGAGGAGCUGGAGGCUCGGAUCGCGCUGAUGCCGCUGCUGCAGGCGGAGUCUGACCGCAGAACCCUCCGGAUGCUGCGGCAGAAUUUGGACGAGGAGGCCAAAAUCAUGAGGGACGUUCCCGGCUGGAAGGUGGGCGAGUCGGUGUUCCACACGGAGCGCUGGGUGCCCCCCACGCUGGACGAGCUCUACUACCUGCGGCCCUCGGCCGAGAUGGACAACGCCAAGUUCGGGCUGCAGUACUACGUCUGAGAGCCGGCCCCGCCCCGAGCUGUUUUCCCCAUCCCGGCCCCUCCCGGGCUCCUCCUUCCCUUGUUCCGGCACUUCCCGGGUCGUUUUUGCCCAUCCCGGCACUUCCCAGGCUCCGGGUGCCGCCUGUUCUUAAGCCCCGUUAUUAAACCACGUGGAUCCCGUG